AUGGCAUCAUCGGAUCCUUCUAGACCCGCGACGGGCUACCCUUUUGUCCCAAACGGCACCCACUACCCACCGCCGCCACCCGGCACCGCCUAUCCUUACCAAGCCCCACCACCACAACCCACUAACCCUUACUACUACAACACCAACCAAACCUACCCUAACCAACGCGCCACCCUCCUCCGCCGCUUAAUCGCUGUUCUAAUCAUCGUUACGGUCAUUUUCUUCACUAUUCUCUUCAUUAUCUGGCUUGUUAUCCGACCCCACCUCCCCGAAUUCCGCGUCACUUCCCUCUCUGUCUCCGGCUUCAAUGUAUCCUCUUCUUCCUCCAGUGUGACUGGUACCUGGAACGCCAGGUUUCAGGUUUAUAAUCCGAACAAGUUGAAACUCUCGUACGAUGAUAUACAGAGUUCGAUUUCUUAUAAAUCUGAGUUUUUGUCCCAGACGAGGAUUCCUCCGUUCAAACAGGCCAAAAGGAAUGUUACUGAUAUCAAUGCGGAAUAUGGGGCGGUGGGUUCUUAUAUUGCGGGGCGGGCGGUGAAUCAGAUUAAUGGGGAUAAAGGGCGUGGAUUGGUGAGUUUUAAUUUGAAGAUUGUUGCUGAUGCGAUGUAUAGGGUUGGUGGGUUUAGGGCAAGAAGAAGGUUGCUUAGGGUUUUUUGUGAUGAUUUGGCGGUUGGGUUUUCCGGGAAUAGUGGAUCUGGGAACUUGACUGGUGGUGCUAGGCGAUGUAAAGUUUAUUCCUGA